GUCUUUUCUGCUCCACCAUAGUUCCUGCUCUCCCUUCAUCUUGCCAAGCCUCCAAUGUCUUUCAAUCUGGAAGAUGCGAUAUCAAAAUAUCGACAUUUUGAACUCAACCCGACUUAUGUCUUUUUUGGGCUGGUUAUCUUUGUGAUAUACUAUUGGUGGGAAUCUACAAGACUGAAGAAUCCAUCUCGGCUGCCAGUCAUUGGCAGACGAUGGUAUGAGCUGGGCAAUGGCAAAGCUAAACAACGAUACCUGGAUGACUGCCUUGGCCUUGUCCGGUCCUGCCUGGAGAAGCACGGAGAUGCUUUCUAUCUCUAUACGGAUUCUGCGUAUCGCUUAAUCCUUUCUCGUAAAUACGUCGAUAUGAUCCGCAAUGAGAAGCGUCUGAAUUUCAUCAAGGCCCACGCAGUUAGAAUGGACAAUGGUGUCAAGGGCUUCGAGCCAUUGGCAUCAAUGACAAGCGAUAAAAGGAUUGUACAUGCCGUGGCGAAGCACUCGCUUAAUCGCCAUUUAGGAACCUUUAUUCAGCCACUUAAUGAAGAGUCCGACUAUGCAGUUCGUCAAGUCUUGACUGACAAUCCUGAUUACCACGAGAUCAUGCUCAAAGACUGUGUUUGGAGAAUGUUUGCACAGAUAAUGUCCAGGGUAUUCAUCAAUGAUAAAGACUACUACCGCAAUCCAGACUGGGUUCACGCCAGCUCGGAGUAUGUUGAGCUGGCAGCCGUGGCAGGAUUUGAGCUUCGACGAUUCCCAAAAUGGGCAAAGCCAUUAGCUGCGCCUUUCUUCCCUAAUUGUCGAAAGCUCAGAUCGAUUCUCCAUCACAUCAACACUCUCCUGAAGCCUCUGAAAGAAAGUCUGGACCAGCAAGGCUUGGAAGAUGACCCCAAGAGCCCGCUAGAAUUCCUGUAUAAACAGGUCCGCAGCCAAUCAGAGGAGCUUGGGCCUAUGUUAAUCGCCCUCUGCCUGGUGUCGUACGAUGGAGGGGCCGAAUUGUUCACUCAUGUUCUUUACUCAGUCUUGGGGAAUGAUCAACUUGUAAAGGACCUCCGUUCGGAGAUCAUCAAUGUGGUUGGAAAGGAGGGAGGUUUCAACAAGAAUGCCCUACAGAAUCUCGUGCUCAUGGACAGUGCCCUGAAAGAAGCACAGCGUCUACACCCCGAGUCCGUCCUUAUGCUGCAGCGAAUCGCUGUUGAGGAGGUCGUACUACCGGACGGACUUAUCAUCCCCAAAGGAACCCCCAUGAUGGUCUCCGGCGCCCACAUGCUGGACGCGUCCAUCUGGCCCGACGGCGACAAGUUCGACGGCUAUCGAUUUUAUAAUCUACGCAAGAAGGCAGAUCCCUCCGUGAGUCUGGCUUCAUACAACUUCACCUCAACAUCCCCGGACCAGUUCAGUUUCGGCCACGGAUCCCAGGCAUGCCCUGGGAGGUUCUUUGCGUCGUAUAUGCAGAAGAUCCUCCUCUGCCAUGUGAUAAUGAAAUAUGACGCUUCGGUUACCAUUCCGGAGGAGGGCGCGAGCUUUCAGCGCGGACAGUCGCAUGUUGCCAAUCCGGGGUUGAAGGCGCGUGUUAGAAGAAGGCAGGAGGAGAUUCAACUAUAAAGAUACGAAUGCUCAGGCUUAACUAGAUAUGUCGUACAUCCUUUGUGAUGUUGUCUCAAUCUUAAAAGUACUACUAUCUUGUUACAAUUCGAUACAAAUAGAACUCUGUGU